AUACACGGGGAUGUGAAAGUGUUUUCGAGAGUCAGGGCGACUAACAAAGCGGGGUUGUCCGCCAUAUUUUCUACAGAUGGCGUCACUGUGGAUUCCAGUCCCCCGCAAAUAGGCCGCGUACUUGAUGGCGAUAAGGCGGUAAGUCCAGACAUUGAGAAAGUCGACAGUGAUUGGCUUCCUACAGUCACGUGGUACGGAGCAAAAGAUAUUCAAAGUGGACUUCGGGAGUGUCAAUGGAUCAUCCUGAGGCAUGAUGGGAACGGCAAGCUUGCCGUUUAUGACAAAACCAUUGACGAAGUUAACACAACGUAUAACGUACGUCAUGCAGAAAGAGCCACUGCCCAACUACAAUUAACCACCAAUGCUUCGUAUUUUAAUGCCAUCCGCUGCACCAAUAACGCGGGCGUCACAAGUUAUCAGUACUCUAACGGUUGGUCAGUAGUCGACCAAUGGCCUAUGACGUCAUAUGUUCACGAUGGACUUGGAUCACGUGAUUUGGAAUACGACGUCAUUGGCGAAACACUUGGUGCGUCAUGGGGAGCAUUCUACGGCGAUUCAAAAGACCCGGUCAUAGGAUACGAGUGGGCUGUGGGAACUUUAGGAGCACCUGAGGGUAUCAUGGACUACACAGAGGUAGGGUUGGAUACAAGAGUUUCAAAAUCGCUAUCUGACAGCGACAUCGAGCUGGAGCCUGGGGUAAGGUAUUACGUCACUGUCCGCGCGACUUCAUUGAGCGGAAGGGCUAGUAACAAAUCUUCAAACGGAUUCAUUGUGGACAAGACCGCACCGGCAAAAGGCGUGGUUACAGUGGCUCACAACAUUUUGAACCAAACUGCAAAUGAAGUGGAUUAUACCCUAACUUGGGAUGGUUUUAAAGAUUUAGAAAGCGAAAUUCGUGGUUAUGAGUUUUGCUUGGGCUAUAUCAAAGAUGUCUGUUCGACUGCCCCUACAAAUACCGGUUUAAUACUUCAAGGAACUGUUCAGCACUUCACACCUGCCGACCUGAGCACGCCAUUCUAUGGCAUUGUUAUAGCAACGAACAAAGCAGGCUUGAAAACAACCGUUAGUUCGGAUGCAAUCAAAACUGACUUCACCCCACCCAUAGCAGGGACGGUAAUUGAUGGCGUUGGCAAAGACCUCGACUAUAUCAACGACAGUGUUGCUUUGGUUACCACAUGGUCCGGGUUCACAGACCCACAGUCUGGUAUCGAGAAAUGCAGGCUUACUAUCAUCGAGGAGGGACCUACCGGGCCUUUUCUCGUUCUAAGAUCGACGGUCAUCAAAGCAAACGGGUCUAUUCCUCAUAAAUUCAUUCUAAUACCAGGCAUUAAAUAUGUUGCGACAGUCGAAUGCAGAAACCCUGACGGUUUUAAAACCUCAGUUUCUUCUAAUGGUGUGACUUGUGACAAGACUCCUCCAAUAACGGGUAAAAUAUUUCACGGAACUGAUCGGAAUUCCGACAUUCGGUAUCAGUCUUCUACAAACGCCCUCAGCGUACACUGGAGUCCAGGCAGUGAUCCUCAAAGUGGCGUCAAGGAGUAUUUAGUGGCCGUAGGAACUGGACCCGAUCGCGAUGACGUACGCGGAUUCGCCACGGUUGACAUGGCGACUGAUGUGCAAAUCGUGAAUCUCACUAUGAAUUCUGGAUCCACUUAUUACGCGACGUUAGAAGUUGUGAAUAAUGCUGGAUUGAGGUCAAGUGUUUCGUCAAGCGGUGUCAGAGUCGACGCGACACCUCCAAUAAUAAGCAAGGUAAAUAUCAGUCCUGAAUUUGGCCAUCCCGCUCAAUCUCACUCGAUAGAACUAUGGAAAUUUCAAGUGUAAAUUUUGUAAAUUUUUAGACCUAACCAGAAGCAGCUGCAACCAUAGGCCCUCUCUACACACGCAAAAAUCUCACAUCUUGUAGCAAGUCUGCCAACAAACCGUCAACACGUUAUUUUCGCACUGCUUGUCCCAAGCGGACAACAGUUUGGAACAAGCUGUUAACAACAUGUAACAGCCUUGUUGAUAGUAUCAGACUUGUUGCAAGGUUGUUCCAACAGGUCCGAUACAGUCACAACAUAAGAAUAUUGUUACAACCUAAGUGUCGUCAAUCUUGUAACAUCGUCAAACCAUUCAUUCAUUGCCAGCAACUUUAUAUUUUUAAAUAACUCGCAUGCCUAGUUACUGGCAUGUAGUAAAACACUGACUACCGGAACACCGGAACACCACCGGAACACCGCCGGAACACCACUGGAACACCACCUAACCCUAACCUCAACCCUAACCCCCAACCCUAACCCUAACCCCAACCCUAACCCCCAACCCUAACCCUAACCCCAAACACUAACCCCAAACAAAAUGGUGGUGUUCCGGUGUUCCGGUGGUGUUCCGGUGUUCCGGUAGUCAGUGUUUUACUACAUGCCCUAGUUACUUUCGUUUUGAUAAUGUAAGCAUAGAAUGAAACAAAGUUAACCAAGCAUUCAAAUUAUUUAUGAGUGAUGAAUGAUGUGACAUAGGCGUUGAAGAAAAAUAUUUUUGCUAACCUGUGAUGUAUUGGUAACUAUUCGUACUUUAUUUCACUCAUUUCAGGUAAAUCUUCAAUCCUCGGACACAGUGCCAGGGUUUAUCGGACCAGGAGACUACCUGAAUGGAAAUUGGAACACGUAUGACGAUGAGAGUGAUAUAGACUUCACUGAAUACUGUAUUGGUACAACCACUGGCGGUUGUCAAGUUGAAGACAUGCGACGAAUGCCUGAAAACCAGACACGUGUCACAUGCUCUGAAUGCAAAGUAAAACACAAGCAUACUUAUUUCAUGACAAUACGAGUCUGGAACAAAGCGGGGUUAUUUAAUUUAGCCACCACGGAAGGGGUAACCGUAGACCUAACCCCACCCACCGGCGGAGAAGUUGUAUUAAACCCACCCUACAUGCCUUGUUUGGAAACGUGUAGCCUGCGUGCGACAGUCAGUGGCUUUAUAGACGAAGAAAGUGGAAUUAAAGACUGUGAGUUUAUCGUCAAAACUAGCAACGGGACAAUUGUGACUCCAGCGCAAACUACAACAAGCCAGGAUCAUAUACUGGCUGCUAACUUGACACUAACACAUGGAGAAAGUUACAACAUUGUUGUUGCUUGUUUAAACUCGCUGGAUGUAAGAAGCAUGGAAGUUGAUUCGUCGCCAGUAAGAAUCGAUAAUACUCCACCGGAAAAGGUAAAGUCAUUCGCAACUGUAGACGGCGCUCCCAGCAUAGUCAGCUCAAAGCGUAAUGAGAUAGAAGGGCGAAAAUAAGAAAAUGAUGCCCCCACCCCCAAAGCAAAAGCUGGCAUUUGGAUAUUAAACCCACUGAUCUAUUAGAUCAGUGAUUAAACCAAAUAAAUUUAUUUGGAUAUUAAACCAAAUAUUUUUCAAAAGCUGGUAUUUGGGCUAAUAGACAAAAAAACAAAAUCCAUCACCGCAGCUGGAAAGAGCAUGCUAAAAUUAGUAAAAUUGCAAAGUUUGGUUGGGAAAAGUUGUAAAAUGAGGAAAAUAUAGCCCUAUGAAGUUUGCAAAUUUUGUGUAGAUUUGUAUUACGCGCGGUAAAAAUAACCAUUUUUGAGCCGAAAGUGGUUAUUUUUACCGCGUGUAAUUAUACAAAGAUAUAUAUAAAAUUUGCGAACUUCACAGGGCUAUAUUUUCCUCAUUUUACAACCAAACUUUGCAAUUUUAUAAAUUUUAACAUGCUCUUUCUAGCUGUGGUGAUGGAUUUUGUUCUUCUUGCCUUGUUCUUCUUGCCCAAACUUUAGUCUAUAACUGGAAUUGCCCGUUACGCAUUUCCUUUAUUCUGCCCCCGCAAAGCAAGACAAACUUUUGCUAAUGGAAAAUCGCUACUGCGCGCUCAAAAUCAGUCCGAUUAUCAUCAAAUUUUUACCAAAUGUUAGCCAGUGCAUGCACAAUAUGAUAGUUGUAAAAUUGACAAACAAUAAAAUAAUGUAAGAAUUAUUCAGGAAAAUCUUAAGUCGCGGUACCUUUACGCUUUUAAGUUAUGUUGCUGCUAGUUUUAAGAUAUAUUUAUGAAAAUAUCAUUUUUAUACAGUAAAAUAGUUGUUCUAAAAAAUUGUGUUCGGAAAUUUUUGUUUAUUUCGUCAUUCCGCUGAUAUGGCGAUUUCUUUGACGACUGCAAUAUAUUUCUGAAUUGUUUGUGUGAAUUGCUCCUUAUUAUUAAAAUAUCCAAAAUUAGAACAAAGCCGAACACAAUUUUGAAACUGACGUCUUUAGCUAUGUCCUGUGAAAAUUUGAAAAAAAUUCGUUAAAACCCGCAGGAGCACAACUCGUUUAGAAAUCAGUAAUUGCCGUAAAAUUCUUCGGGAGAAAAUUGAAUUUGAAUAUUACAUUUUCAAUGUUUUUCUUAUUGCAGCGAAAUGUAUUUUAUUAUAUAACUCUGCGAGUUUUCAACAUUUUCCGUCCAAACUUGGUCAGAUACAACUAGUCUAAUGCUUUCAUGGAAACCAAUAAAAAAUUUUAGGCAAAAUUAACACUCAAAGGUGUUCUGUAACCUUAAUCAAUUCAUUCUUGGGCAACAUACGUUAGUGCCACAAAUUUUCACAUUGAUAAUACGUGAGUUUAGUAAGUUAGACAAACACACAUACAGGGUUUAUAAAAAAAAGUAAUCCAAUUUGAUUAUCCCAUUUUAGGGUUUGGUGAUAAUCAGUCCAGAUUCAAACCACGACAUACGACAUCAGCAUACGGGAUGUCACUUCCUCAACACAACACUACGUGUUUACUGGACUGGUUUCCAUGACGACGAAUCAAACAUUGCUGGAUUCCGGGUCGCUAUUGGUCGAGCCCCACUGGGUGCGGACAUCAUACCAUAUAAAGACUUAAAGAUUGACUCGGAAGCUAAGUUUGAGUUAAGUCAGCAAUAUGGACUGUCUCAAGGUGAUACAAUAUUUGUAACAGUUGAGGCAACAAAUCGAGCUGGGCUUAUCACAAAAGUUUCGUCGCAACCUACAAGACUUCUAUCCGAUACAGACAACAACCUACUUAACCAGCAAGAUUUUCUAUGUGUAAAUCUUUGAGAGAAAUAAUAGCUUGACUAAUCUAUUGGUCGGUUUCAUACUUGCUGUAAAGGUUUCAUAAGGCAGCCAUAUAAUGAUAGUAGUUAUCUUCAGAAAUAUUGACAUCUAAAGACCAUGUCAAGUCCAUUCUGCACAUCAGUUCUGCUCAUAACAAGGGGUCGGGACCCAAAGAUAUUGCUGAAAUUUUGCAUCUUUCAAACUUUUUUGAAUUGAAACAUACUCUAGUUUAUAUUCAUUUACAAUUGCGAACCAGAAAAGUGUUAGAUAUUCAGUUAGUAUGUCUUAUUUUACAAAUAUAGCAGUUCAAAAUGUAAACAAAGGAUUUGUUUACAUUACGGACUUGAACAUGGUCUUAAUUUAUAAAGCAAGCAAUUAAAUUAUAGUAAAUUUUUCAAUUCCACUUAUUUGCCUCCAAAUAAAAGACUAAUACAUAUAAUAAUAACUUUCUCUCUCUGAUAAUGGCGGGUCAUUGCACAAUAGUACUUUAUGAAACCCACAUUAUAUCCGAGUUGCACGUGCAAGUGCUAGUACGUGCAAGUGCUAGUAUUAAAUAAAUAGUGUACUAGUUUUAACUUUUAAUAUAAAGUUUAAUUCAUUUUUGGUGUACUGUAAUACCAGAAAUUUUAUAGACUUAAGGCAUUACCUUCAUCAUUACACAGAACACAAGCAUUUUUAGUCCUUUUUCACUCAUGUCUCUGCGGUAGUGAAGCUUUUUAUAAGCAAUCUUUGCGGUGUUGUUUUCAAAAUUAGCGGCUAAAUCCUUCGACCUUCGCCAUGUUGAAUUUUAUCUGUAUCAUAAUCCUGCUUACAUGAAGUAUCCUGCAACUGAUCUCAAAGUCAUUAAAAUGAAUAUAACUGGAACGCUAUCUUUAUAUGAACUUCCUAGGGCUUCAAGAAAAAGAUAAAGGCUGUUCUAUUUAUUGAUUCCAUUGCUUUUAAAUAUCUACAAAUGGAAAAUAUAAAUCACCAACACCUCUGGUGCCCUUUUCAACUCCUAGAAAUAAUUUUGAAAAUUUUUCUUGUAAAAUGUGGGUUUCACAAAGUAUUUUCGUACAUCACCUGGUUCAGUAACCUGCAGUUUAUCAGAGAGAGAAAAUUCUUAUCAUUUUAUAUACUAGUUUUAUAUUUGGCGCAAAUAAAUAGACUUGAAAGAUUAGUUUAAUUUGCUUGGGCCAAAAAACAUACCUGGAUUUCCUAUUUCUUGUUGCAAAAACUUGGGUAGGUCAGGGUUAUUUUUUUAUAGGGUCGGUGGGUUAGGAAACUGGAAACCCUGCAAGUAGGAAUUACGAAACACACCAAUAGAGCAGACGUUAUGUCCUUAACAUUUUUUAGAACCUAAGUAUAUUUCUAUCUUUUGUAUUCUUGUUGUAUCAUAUUGUACUGUAAAUUGUCACUCAUUCACACGCCCCUCAUGGAAACCAGCUAACAGUUGAUGAGGCUAGCUGGCGUGUGAGAAUAAAGUCUACAUAUGUAAGUGCGUAUGUAUAUCACGUUAUGGAGUUGGGCUAUCAAGACAUUCAACAAUAUCGCGAUAAAUGCAAUUAAAAUAAUCAGCCCACAAAAUAUGAGAAGUGCAUGAAUUGAUUUUUAUUCAUUCGUUCACCAACAACAAUUGUCAAUUAAGGUAAAAUAUAUUAUACAUUUGUAUUGAAUUAAAACAAUAAAAUGUGUUACCAGAUGGUCCAUAUGAAAAUGCG